UAUAAACAAAAAAUCAUUCAAUAAGAUAUGUGGUUUGAGAAGCAAGUCUAAUGCUCCAAACCAAUUGAAAAUCAAGAUAUAGAUUUCAUAAGAUAAGGACCACUUAUUUUCCUUAUAGAAAUCACAUAUAAAUAGUACACAUAAGUCAUUACUAAGCAUCAUCAAUAACCAUCCUCUUCAUUUUCAACAGAGCUAUUCAUUUGAUUAACUUAGUUGCCAGUAAAAUACUAAAAUGGCUUCUUCAACAAUGGCUCUCUCUUCACCAUCAUUGGUUGGGAAGGCAAUCAAGCUUUCCCCCUCUUCACCAGACCUUGUCAUGGGAAGAGUCACCAUGAGGAAAACAACCACCAAGAAGACGGUUCCAUCUGGAAGUCCGUGGUACGGUCCAGACCGUGUCAAGUACUUGGGUCCAUUCUCUGGUGAAGCUCCAUCCUACCUCACUGGUGAGUUUCCUGGUGACUAUGGUUGGGACACUGCUGGACUUUCUGCCGACCCAGAGACAUUCGCCAAAAACCGUGAACUUGAGGUUAUCCACAGUAGAUGGGCUAUGUUGGGAGCCUUGGGAUGUGUCUUCCCAGAACUCUUGGCCCGCAAUGGUGUCAAAUUCGGCGAGGCAGUGUGGUUCAAGGCAGGGUCCCAAAUCUUCAGUGAGGGUGGACUUGACUACUUGGGUAACCCAAGUCUAGUCCACGCACAAAGUAUCCUUGCUAUCUGGGCCGUCCAAGUCAUCUUAAUGGGAGCUGUUGAGGGUUACCGCAUUGCUGGCGGACCUCUCGGUGAAGUUGUCGACCCACUCUACCCCGGAGGCAGCUUCGACCCAUUGGGCCUUGCUGAAGACCCUGAGGCUUUUGCCGAGUUAAAGGUGAAAGAACUCAAGAAUGGUAGGUUGGCUAUGUUUUCUAUGUUUGGUUUCUUCGUUCAGGCUAUUGUCACCGGAAAGGGACCUCUUGAGAACCUUGCCGACCACAUUGCUGACCCUGUCAACAACAAUGCUUGGGCCUUUGCCACUAACUUUGUCCCCGGAAAGUGAGCUAAAACUGUAACAGAACAUUGUUAAGUGACUGUGGCUUGUAUAUCAGACUGUGAAUUUCUUGUUAAUUAAUUUAGUGAUAUAUUUGGUGCAUUUAGAACUUUCCUCAAGUUUGUACCAUUUAAGAGAGUGAAAUACAUAUGACAUUGUUCCAAUGCAAUGAAUCAGAACGAUGAUUGAUAUA